AUGGAUCAGACGAUCCACGACCACCUGGAUCUCGCGACCAUGGGCUACAAGCAAGCAUUCUCGCGCAAGUUUAAUCAAUGGAGUAUGCUUGCUUUAGCUUUCAAUAUCUUGGGUACUUGGGCAACACUGGCAUAUGACCUGGGUAGUGGUUUGGCUAAUGGCGGGCCUGUUUGUAUCCUCUGGGGUCUGUGCUCCGUCACUCUCUGCAACAUUUGCGUCGCCAUAUCACUUGGCGAACUAUGCAGCAGUAUGCCCACUACCCUGGGGCAGGCUUACUGGAUAUUCCGCCUCUGGGAACAUCCUGUGGGGCGUUUUGUCUCGUAUAUUUGUGCCUGGAUAAAUACAUUUGGCUGGUGGGCUGCCACGGCAUCACAAGCUGCCUUCAUGACUAAUUUCAUGUUCUCAAUCAAGUCCAUGAUCAAUCCUAGGUGGCAAGGCGCCAGUGGCUGGUUGCUAUUUGUUGUUUACCUUGGUAUCACACUGCUUUUUACCAUCGUCAACGCAAUAGCAUGCCGCAAGGAUGGUAUUCUGCCAUGGUUCAAUAAUAUCGUCGCUGUCCAAUUUGGCAUCCUUUUUGUCGCAUUUACACUGGCCAUACUCAUCUCGGUCGGUAUCCGACCGAAUUUGCGAUACCAAACGGCACCAUUUGUUUUUGGUCAAUGGCUGAACCUAACUGGCUGGCCUGAUGGCAUUGUGUGGUUUAUUGGUCUCCGCGAGGCUGCUUAUAGUCUGUCCGCAUUUGAUUGUGUUAUUCAUAUGGCAGAGGAGAUCCCAGCUCCAAGGACCAAUAUCCCUCGAGUACUUUAUCUCGUCGUGAUCAUAGGCGCCUUAACAGGAUUUCUCUUCAUGAUCGCCUGCCUGUUUUCCAUCCAGGAUUUAUAUGGGAUCCUACAGUCUCCAACCGGACUUCCAUUUACGGAACUAGCAACUACCACGGUCGGACUGAAUGGCGCAGUUGCGCUGAUGAUUCUGUUCGAAAUUAACGGCUUGGGACAAGGUGUCAGCGUAAUGACGGCCACAUCGCGUCUCACAUGGGGCUUUUGUCGUGAUGGCGGCUUGCCAUGGGGCGAUUACUUGACUCAUAUUGACUCGUAUUGGAAUUCGCCUCUGCGAGUGCUGUGUGCUGAUACUCUUGUCAUCUCAUUGAUCGGGCUGCUAUACCUCUUUAGCAAAACAGCGCUUCAGGCAGUAGUCAGUGCCAGCACGAUUGCCCUGACUGUCUCAUAUGGAUUGCCAAUUCUCACAUUGGUUCUUGUUGGUCGUGACAAACUACCGUCACGGAGAUUCGAUCUUGGCCGCUGGGGCUAUUUGGUAAACUGGAUCAGUGUUGUUUACUGCUGCAUCAUUACAGUCUUUUUCUUCUUUCCAGAAACGCCAAACCCGUCCUCCAAUGAAAUGAACUAUGCUAUUGCCGCUUUCGGGAUCAUGUUGGUGGUUUCAGUGGUACUGUGGUUCAUACAGGGCAAAAGGUUUUAUUUGAAAGAAGACAGAAUGAUGCAGGAGACGAUUCGCGCAGAAAAUUUACUACCUGCGACUCAACACAUUCGUUCCGACCAGAUUCGCUUUUACCUCGAGACCGACCGAACCAGGCUAGCGGCAUCCCGCUUACUGGCGCUGUGGAGCAUGGACCCUAUGAGGCAGUUGUAA